AUGGGGCGUAUUCUCUUCAUCACCAUCCGCAGCGGCGAAGCUCAGCUGCAGGUGUUGCGGCAGGUGAACGAGUCCUUCACCAAGGCUGACCUGCGUGCCUUUGCUAGCACACUGCACACGGGCGACAUCCUCGGCGCCACCGGCGUGCCGGGUCGCACCGCAAAAGGAGAGCUCUCCCUCUAUGCGACGGAGGCCUCCAUCUUGGCACCGUACGUCUGCACAGACCAGGCGCUGUGCCCCGACCUGAAGGGCUUCGUGCCGCUCACGGACACUGGCAUCAAAUACCGCUACCGCUUUGUCGACAUGAUGUCGAACCCGUCCGUCGUGCAGCAUUUCCGCAAGCGCCACGCUAUCACUCGCGCUCUGCGCGACUUUCUUGACGCGCGCAGCUUCGUCGAGGUGGAGACGCCGGUGCUGCACUCCGUCGCUUCAGGCGCCAACGCGAAGCCGUUUGUCACGCACCACAACGCCAACGACGCAGACCUCUUCCUUCGGGUGGCCCCGGAACUUCACCUGAAGCAGUGUGUUGUGGGCGGUAUGGAGCGCGUGUACGAGAUCGGCCGCGUGUUCCGGAACGAGGACGCCGACCGCAGCCACAACCCCGAAUUCACCACGUGCGAGUUCUACGCCGCCUAUCAUACCUACGAGGAUCUGAUGACCAUGACGGAAGAGAUCCUGCGCCACUUGGCGCUCGCGGCGAACGGUACCACCAAAAUCACCGUUACGUCGUGCGUGGCAAAGGAGCCGGUGGAAAUUGACCUUGCGCAGCCGUUUCGCCGCGUCAACGCGUACGACGCAGUACAGGAGGCGGCUGGCGUCGAGCUGCCACCCCCGACAGAGCUGAGCACGCCGCGCGGACUGGCGUACAUGUCUGCCAUCAUGCUCCGCUACAACAUCCCGCUGCCGUCGGUGCGCACGGCUGCCAAGAUGUUUGACAAGCUCAUCGACUACUUCAUUACUGAUCGCGUGGUGGAGCCGACGUUUGUGACGGACCAUCCGCUGUUCAUGAGUCCGCUGGCGAUGGAGCAGCGCGCGCGCCCGGGGCUGUCUGCUCGUUUCGAGCUAUUCAUCAAUGGCACCGAGUACUGCAACGCGUACAGCGAGCUGAAUGACCCGCAGGAGCAGUACUACCGCUUUCAGCAGCAGCUGCUGGACAGGCAAACCGGCGACGACGAGGCGAUGGCGCUGGAUGAAACGUUUCUCAAGGCGCUGCAGGUUGGGUUGCCCCCAACCGCGGGGUGGGGGAUGGGGAUCGACCGCGUCGCCAUGCUCCUCAACGGGUCCUCCACCAUCCGCGAGGACAUUCUGUUUCCGCUGCUCCGCCACGACGCCACGUCGCACGAUGCCAAACGCCGGUGUAGGACGGCCUCUUUUUUCGGCUUCAACCACAACAUGACGCUCUUCUGUCUCAACGCGCUCGAAGAGGAGAUGCUGAAGCGCGCCGCUCCGACGGUGUCUCUCGAGAAGAUCCGCCAGCUGCGCCAGUUCCUGUCCACGAUGCAGCAGCGCGACAUGGUGACGGACGCGCCGGAGGAUGGCGCACCUCGAGGGUGGCGCUAUGAGGCAACCAUGGCCGUGCUCCGCCUUUUCUGCUACCGCGGAAAGUACUGA